GGUAUGACUUGAUUCAGAAGUGUCUCAUAUAUUUCGUCGCGUAGAUCGGGCUUCUGCUCUUUUGCUUUCUGAACCAUCUUUUUGGACCAACCGACCGAGAAAAGCGCCUUGCUUAUGCUGCUGGUUGCUACUUGCAGGCUAAACCCGUCCCAGACGAAAAUUGCCAUCUUGUUCCAGGGACAAGACAGGCUCUCAGAGAAGAUGCUCGCAUAAUGCUUUCAGCAUGAUCAGUGUGAUUAAUUUCGCUCGCUCAAUUCGAGUUGGUGGCGUUCUAGGACUGAAGACCCGCAGGUUGGAGCGGGUAUGUUUGACCGUCUGCUUACUACAUUUGGCAGCUUUAGCGGUUUUCAUGAUAGACAUGCCGCAGCUCGUCUUGGAGCAGAUAAGCUAAAUUUUUGAUGGUGAUAGGUAUGGUGUCGUUGCUGUACAGCCUUAGCACAAUAGCAACUUA